GUUCAACAGUUUCGUGGUGAUUAAUUUUCAACAGGGUUUUAGGGACAUUUGUGCGAAGACGAGGCAGGUUGAUGGGUUGAUCGCGCUUUGCAACGGCGGUCGCUUGUGGAGUGUUUUUGUUGCGUGAACCGUACGAGUGGUUAUUGUGAAAUGUGAUAUUUUCGACGAUUUUUUGUGUUUAUAGUAGCUUGUCUAAUUACCGACGUUGAGCAAGAAGAGGACGCGACCCACGGCGGCAUCAGUUGGACACACUCUGGUUUUUAAUUGCGAUCGUUAUGCGGAAGACGCAAAAUUAUUAGCCUAGCGGUGCGUUACUUUUACCGGUCGUACGAAGGAGACCACAAAAACGCUCAUUGCUCCGAGCCAACAACAGUUCAGUGGUUUGAUGAAGUCUGUAUUUUUAGAUUGAUUGUGCUGCAGGAGUUAAUUCAUUCAAUACGGUAGGAAAUAAUUUAUGACGGACUCAGAUGUGAAUUAGUGUGUUUGUUUGAAUCUUGCCGUUCUGUUGGCUGGCGGCAAAAAUGUUGUAAGAGUGUAACGUUUAAAACAAAUGCCACUGAAUUGGUGCUUUCUGUGUGAUUUAUGGAGACGCACUGUGCUUCGAUGGGUGAAGUGAAUGUGUUGUAAGGACCCGUGCACAUGUUAGCGUCUCUGCAGCGAUGGAUAGAACCUGUUACGGCAAGUGGGAUCCUGGAGCACGGCAGCCAUAUCGAUGUACGCUGCGAGAACGAGGAAUAGCACCUGGAUACGCCCUACUUGCUGAUCUCCAAAAUACAGUGCCAGGACAUAAUCAACAUGUUGGUGGUGGUGGCGGAUCAUCUGUUCCUGGUUACGGCAGUUUGAAUGGAGUCCGAAAUAAGCAAACUCCCAGUCCGCAAACCUACCAGAACACAACAAAAACCGUUAUAGACAGUCGUACUGCCAAUGGACAUAACGGUUCUUUACCGCGAUCAACUACGCCUCACCACAAUAACAAUUCACUACCAAGAUCUGGCACGCCUCAAAAAUUACAGACUUCAACAUCCGGAAAUCUGUCCGAGCUAGAUUCUCUAUUGCAGGAUUUAAGCAGUGCUCGAUAUGGAAAUAUUGUGGAAAAACAAACUCCCAACAAUGGAACGAUUAGUCCUUCGCCCUACAGCAUUAACGACACCAUCAAGCGUCCCUCGGUUGACAGUUUGCUAGAUGAGCUUAGCAAUGCAAAUGCCAAUCCGAUUUAUGCCGUACCGUAUGGCAACCAAUCUCCAAAUCCGCAAGCUCAUCCUGGACGGCAGGUCACAAUCACGGUACGGGAGACUACUACCGAAAAGCUUACCGGAACGCCAAGUGCCAACUAUCAGGAACAAAUGUACCAACAGCAACUAGCCCAGAAUGAACAGGCGAAUCACACAUCUUCGGCUACCAAGGAGUUGGAUGACCUCAUGGCAUCACUGUCUGAUUUUAAGAUCUCAGCAGGAUCACAUCAGCUCCAGGCGGUAACGGACUACGCGAAGCCAAAUCAGGGCACAGCGCACUACCAGAGCACUUUGACGACGGUGACCACAACCGAACAGUUGGCUCCAGCAAACGAUCAGUUGGAUUCUAUGCUCGGAAAUCUACAGGCCGACAUGAGUCGCCAGGGAGUCAACACGACCCAGAAGGGCUGCUGCAAUGCGUGCGAUAAACCUAUUGUCGGUCAGGUCAUCACGGCUCUCGGCAAAACCUGGCAUCCGGAGCAUUUCACCUGCAAUCACUGCAGUCAGGAACUGGGAACGCGAAACUUUUUCGAGCGCGAUGGAAAUCCGUACUGCGAACCGGACUAUCACAACCUGUUCAGCCCACGUUGCGCCUACUGUAAUGGACCGAUUUUGGAUAAAUGCGUAACGGCCCUGGAGAAAACUUGGCACACGGAGCACUUUUUCUGUGCCCAAUGUGGACAGCAGUUCGGCGAGGAUGGAUUCCACGAGCGUGACGGUAAACCAUACUGCCGCAAUGAUUACUUCGACAUGUUCGCACCGAAGUGCAACGGGUGCAACCGGGCCAUCAUGGAGAAUUACAUUUCGGCGCUGAACAGCCAGUGGCAUCCGGAUUGUUUCGUGUGCAGGGACUGCAAGAAACCGGUCACUGGCAAGUCGUUCUACGCGAUGGAAGGCAAACCCGUCUGUCCGUCGUGUGCCGGAACAGAGGAGGACGAGUAAGAUGUGUAUGCAGAGAUGAUUCUCCCGAAAAAAAUAGCAUCUCCGGGCGACGAUCGCACCCACAUCAGCCUUACCAACGCACACAUUAACUGGCAAACUGGCUUCUUGUUGUUAUUACUGUUACUACCAAUCUAUAUUUGUUACACCAAAUGUUGCCCUGUUCCGGUUACCACAUAUCACAGACAAAGUUAGAACAAACGACAGCUGAAUGCGGUGACCUCCACAUCCCGGAGCGUCCCAAUGACCUAGUUCGUGGCGAGACCCCCGUCCCCGAUCCGUCGGGGAUGGCCGGUGUCUUGUCAUCAUGAAUGCUUCGUACCGCCGUCGCACAGUCGAUGCAUAUUCUUGCUUUACAGGUGUCCCCCAACAGAUUAACCAUUAAUUACACACUCGACCUACGCAAGCGCUAGUUUGACGGACGACAAUCCCUUCCUAAGACGAGUAAAGAUCUUGCCUUGAAGGCAGCAUAGUCCAUUUUCUGUACGUAAACAAUCGCUUCAAGCGCUGACCUCUAACCAGAGUUGAGAUUUGAGAGGAUAAACAAACGAACAAAUAUUUAAGAUUGUUGUUAAAAGUAAAACGAAUUGUCAUUAUAUUAUAGUACCAUAAUCAUUGUAAAACAAAUCAUAGUAUUGUAAAUAAAGAAGACUAGAAAAAAAAUGACAAAAAAAAACACAAACAAACACAAAACCCCAACCGAAUGCGCGAUACCGCGAAAGAUGCUUCCUACCCGGAGGGUGUCGUUUACCGAUUACCACCCACCUUCGGGGUUGCCCACCUACCCACCAGGGGGUUUAUUCCACCGCCGGACAUUGCUAGUAGCAUGCACAAUCGGUUGGAUCACUUUCAAUAGUGUGCAAAGCGGCGCAACCGGCGUGCUAUUAUUGUUUGCUAUAAUAGUCUUCUAGUUGAAUGAGAUCAUCUUUCGCCGGUACGUGCUUCUUCUAGUGUCACAUUUCGCGAUGAAGUCAUGAUGGCACUGAAACUAUCAUCGAUGACGUCACUAGGCACACAUGCACAAACACACACACUAGACUCACGCACACAAAAUCAGACACGCGCGUUGGCAGAACUAGUGACAUUCGAGUGAUAAACAUACAAUCGAAUUACAAGGGAAAAAAACGAAAACAAACAUGUUUACGUUUUACGGGAUGUUUGCAUAAACGACCCUCUUAAAUCCUCAACUCUGGACACCCCCCACUAACAACCAACCAA